UUGAUAAUCUUGUUUUAUUGAUUUUAACUCUCUUAGUACCUUUCUUCUUCUUCUNUUAUUUUUUUUUUUCUAUUCAUUUCUUUUAAACCUUGUUAAUACAACACAAGGACACAAAAAUUUUGUGGGACUCAAUCCUUAAAAUAAGUAGUUGGAGUGUUCUUGUUACUCUAUGUAGAUGAGUGAUGAAAAUGUGCGAUUGACUUCAUUCGAGCACACAAUGUGUUUGUUUAAUUGCCUGAAUGAAGCUUCAUAGGUAGUUUCCGGUUUAACCGACCACUUGGGUUUUUUUCAGUUCCUAUUUAAACAUUGGUGGCCAACGAAUUUUUGGUCUUACCUGAACCUGCUUGCUAUAAUCAUUUAGUUCAUUAUAGUUUAAGGUUUGUCAGCAUUUUGGCUUUCUGAAUGGUAACGAAACGACCUCUUGGAGAGGGGGCUGAAGAAGGCUCUCGGCUGCCGUUUAAACGACGUCACAACGGUUCGAGUUUACUCAGAGGAGUCAAUCAUGGUCGGAUUUUGCCAGAAUCUGCAUCCUGCUUGGAACCCAUGAUUAGAAGAAUAGUUCGAGAGGCAAUAAACCAUUCGAUCGGCCCUUAUUUGAGAAUCUCGGAGAAUCAAGUCACUCUACCGAGAAAACUCGAGCUGCGAUUCUGUAACAAUUUACCGCAAACCCUCUUCACAAACAGCCGAGUUCAGUCCAAGGACAAGACUCAAAUCAAAGUUGCCCUUUGUGACUCAACCACCAAAGAAGUAAUAUCGUGUGGUCCCCACUCGUCUCUCAAGGCAACUUUAGUUGUCCUCGAUGGAGAUUUCGGAGCCGUUGAUCGUGAAGAUUGGACGGCUGAGGAAUUUGACCGCAAAUUGGUGAAGAACAGAGAAGGUCGAAGGCCGCUGCUGACUGGCGAGCUGGCGGUGUCGUUGCAUAAUGGGGUCGGAUAUAUUGGUGACGUGAGCUUCACCGAUAAUUCGAGCUGGAUUCGGAGCGGGAAAUUUUGUCUCGGGGUUAAAGCGCUCGCCAGCUCAGCAGAAAAAUUUUCUGGGAUCAAAGAAGCCUUUAGUACCGCGUUUAAAGUCAAGGAUCAUCGAGGGGAGUCUUACAAGAAGCAUCACCCACCGUGCUUGGAUGACGAGGUUUGGCGUUUGGAGAAGAUAGCCAAAGAUGGCCCGUCUCAUAAGAGUUUAACACAAUUCGGAAUACACUGUGUUAGGGAUUUCUUGAAGAUCUAUUUCAUGGACCGAGUAGGGUUGCGCACGAUACUACAUAAAGUUACUAAUAAGGCAUGGGAAACGAUUGUCGAGCAUGCUCAAACGUGUACUUUGGACGAUAAGAAGUACAUUUACACGACUGCACAAGGGACCGGGCUGUUAUUUACUUCUACAAACAAGGUAAUUGGGGUCACUUUCGACGGUCGAAAUUACCUUUCUUUGGACAACCUCAACACAUAUCAGAUGGAGAUGUUGGAACAUAUGAAACAACAGGCCUAUGAAAACUCAUCUCAAUGGGUGGAAUUUCACGAGCCAACAUCAAUUCUUGGGUGCCCGAUGCUUUUCGAAAGCCCUGCAACCGACACUUGUGUAUAUCGUAACAUUGGUCUCAAUGGUGCCAAUUUCCAUGAGCAAGAGAUUAAUUCUUAUCAUCCAACAAUGUCACCAAUAUACAACGCCGAGCCCGAACAAGAUAACUGUUCAUUCGAGUUUGGUGAGAGUUCAAAUUCAAGUCAGGGCUUAAACCCUACAUUUAAGAAUAUUUCCGAGACAGAUUAUUCCCCUGUCGAUUUCUUCACCGGGGAGGAAAGCAUGUGGGCUUCUGGAGGGAAUUACACGGGCCCACAGCUCUCGACUGAUGAUCUGCCUUUGGACAACGGUUUUCAAGUGGAGUCGCCAGGCUGGCAAGGUAACGGCUCGUUUUUUCAUCCCGGAAUUCACGAGGUUGGGAUAAUCUCGUCGAGCUCUGAAAGGUGGUGCAAAAUACUUGCGGUGGUUAAGUGGCGGAUAUUAGUUAAGCGCAAUGUAGCUGCAAGAAAAUGGAAAAGCUCUUUCGGUUAUGUGCCAAUGUGAAGAAAGUGUAUGAAGCGAAAAGCAGAUUAUUUCGGUUUGCCAAAGAAGGUAUAAAGAAAUAAAGCACUCAAAAAAAGUCGGGUUGUGAAGAUCUUUACUUGCCGGGUUGAAAUUAGUUUCACAAUAAUUCUACGCAACGUUUGAGUUUUUCGUUAGUCUUUAGUUAUCCAACAAAUGGACAAAGACUGAGACCCAAUGCUGCAUAGAUUUUUUUUUUUGUUUUUAUCAUCUAAGUUUUUUUCAGCACUCAGUGAAGAUGUUUGGCUGCUUUUGAAGAUGAUGAGCAGCUUUGUAGUUAAGCUUUCCUGGUGCUUUUUUGUUAUUCUGUUCAUCCAUUUGUUUGUUGCUUUUAAGUUUGGCAGUUGUACAAAGAAAAGCUUCAGUUCAUCUAUGAUGUUUCACAUUUACUUUGUGAAAAGUUUGGACAAUAUCUCUGAACCACAAAAAUGUUGUGCUAUGUUGUUCAGUACUUUCAAUUUUA